CGGCGGGUUAAAGUUGACGCAGACGCAGUGCGUGUGGUGCUUCCGCCUGCCUCCUCUUUCAGUUCUUCGCUUACUGUGCAGAAGGUCCUUCUCUGAGCUCCAUCAUGGCGAACGUUGCCGAUACAAAACUAUACGACAUUCUCGGGGUAUCCCCGACUGCCUCAGAGAACGAGCUGAAAAAGGCAUACCGCAAACUAGCAAAAGAAUACCACCCAGAUAAGAAUCCAAAUGCUGGAGACAAGUUCAAAGAAAUCAGCUUUGCCUAUGAAGUGUUGACCAAUCCAGAGAAGAAGGAGUUGUACGACCGUUAUGGGGAGCAAGGCCUGCGGGAAGGUGGUGGAGGUGGGGCCGGGAUGGACGACAUCUUCUCGCACAUCUUCGGCGGGGGCCUCUUCGGGUUCAUGGGCGGACAGGGCAGGAGCCGGAAUGGCGGCAGGCGAAGAGGAGAAGACAUGGUCCAUCCACUCAAGGUGUCUCUUGAAGACCUGUACAAUGGAAAAACAACCAAGUUACAACUCAGCAAGAAUGUACUGUGUAGUACCUGUAAUGGCCAGGGUGGGAAGUCUGGAGCUGUUCAGAAGUGUACCGCCUGCAGGGGGCGUGGCAUGCGCAUCAUGAUCAGACAGCUGGCCCCAGGAAUGGUCCAACAGAUGCAGUCAGUUUGUACUGACUGUAAUGGGGAAGGUGAACUAAUUAAUGAAAAGGACCGCUGCAAAAAGUGCGAGGGUAAGAAGGUGGUUAAAGAGGUAAAAAUCCUGGAGGUUCAUGUGGACAAAGGCAUGAAACACGGUCAGAAGAUCACCUUCGGAGGGGAAGCGGACCAAGCGCCCGGGGUGGAGCCAGGGGACAUUGUCCUAGUCCUGCAGGAGAAGGAGCAUGAGACAUACAGAAGAGAUGGCCAUGAUCUGCACAUGACCCACAAAAUCGGCCUGGUGGAAGCACUCUGUGGGUUCCAGUUCACAUUGAAACACUUGGACGCAAGACAGAUCAUGGUGAAAUACCCGCCUGGCAAAGUCAUUGAGCCAGGUUCCAUCAGGGUGGUGCGGGGCGAGGGAAUGCCACAGUAUCGUAACCCCUUUGAAAAGGGCGAUUUGUUUAUCAAAUUCGAUGUGCAGUUCCCCAGCAGCAACUGGAUUAGUCCUGAGAAACUCGCCGAGCUGGAGGACCUGCUGCCGGCCCGGGCGGAGCCGCCCAUCGUGUCGGGCGAUGCGGAGGAGGUGGACCUGCAGGACUACGUCAGCCAGAGUUCGUCCGGCGGGCACAGGCGCGAGGCAUACAACGACAGCUCGGACGACGAGGGCGGCCACCACGGGCCCGGCGUCCAGUGCGCGCACCAGUAGUCCCGCCGCAGGGGGAAAAACCAGCCGCACGGGGGAAGCGUGGGUGUGCCCCCCAUUUUAUCUGCUCUGGAUUCGCCCAGAGAAGGCCCCCCCCCCCCCCCCCCCCCCCGUCUCCAUACACUGCACCGCUACCAUCGGCAACCCCGAUCAGAUUAAAUGAACAGGUCACAACCCACCGCUCAUUGUGUAAACUUGAUGUUUUUCACUUUAUUUUAUUUUUCGGUCGUAGUAUUUACAGUUAAUUUAAACUAACCAUACGUGAGGAAGCUUUGCCUCAGAACUCGACGGAGUGGCGUGAGAUUGGUGAGAUCCUGGUCGGAGAAAGACGCGGUCAACAUCACUUUUUUUUUUUUUUUUUUUUUUAGUUGUUUGUAUCUGUGCUUCAUUUAUACAAAUUUAUUUACUUUUUACUUUUUCCUUGCUAUAUAUUUUAAAAUGGGGGGAAAAAAAUACUACAACAUUGUGUAUAAAUUGAAAGUGAUUGUCCAUUAAGCUUUAUAUCUGCUGCCAUCACAAAAGCUGCUGUGAAUACUUUAGAAGAAAUAAUUCCAUAGCCUGUAUCUGUCCUCAGUCCAGGUGCAUGUUAGAAAGUAUUGAUUCCUGCACUGAAGAAACAUCACAUUUAAACGAGUGACAGUGUGGAGACAAAAUAACUAUAUUACUUCUGUGAAAGGUUUCUGAAGUUAAAUAAAGUGUUCUUGAAAAUCUGAACCAUACAGCAUGUCAUUUUUGUAGUCUGUCCCAUUGAAUUGGAUUGCCUUAGCGGGACUUCUGCAGGCUUAUUAAACCUGUGAUCUGAGCCACAUGUACUGGCUAAUUCUCAUUUCAACUUGAAUAUCUUGGUUUCUUCCCCAUCCAAAGCGGGCAGCGGCACUUUGUAAAUUAAAACAUGACCUUGUUUUCAGGUUUGUGUGCACCUUCUAAGUCUACCUGUAUAUAACAAAGGUAGUGUCUAAAUAUUGUAUUACCCUGGAAAAAAUUAAACUUGUACAUCUUCGGCGUGGAGUGGGAUUCAUUUUGAGAUGUUUUGAACAUCAUUAUCGCAGUGCUUUGUCAUGUAUAAUUUGAAUGUUAACUGAAUCUGAAAAGCUUUCGUUGAGAAAUGCUGCCUUAGGUUUUGUUAUGGUUGCUAUCAAGGGCAAGCUAUCAUUCCAGAGAAGUGUAAUAAGAAAAAGCUUUUGGCUGUACAUUGAACUAUUAGUCGCCAGAAUAUAGUUAAACACUCUUUGCCAUAAAGUUGUGUUGGAUGUGUGUGUUGCCUGAAUUAUAGAUCACUGAGAAAUCAUAAAAUUAAGCAUAAAAAUGUUUGUUUUUUUUCCUAGUAGGCUAUAACUUGGUGAGUUUAAUUUGCUUGUCACAUGUUGAUCCCAAAAUAUAGAUAUUCAAAUUAUUUUGUUGUAACAUUGGAGAAGGAUUGUUAAACCUGAAUAGUGUCAUGUGACUUGCCCCAUAGCCCUCCACCAUAACGGGCAGUCUUAAAACACUGCAGAAAUGGGAGAGGGCUGAUCGGGAAUCUGCACUCGGGGGUUAAACGUAUAACUGGAUUGUCUGGCGAAAGUACAACAACCUUGCAAGCUUCUACAUUUGUCCAAAUUUUGGAAGCCUGUGCUUGAAAAACAUGACCUUGUAAUUUAUUGAAGUGUUGAUGCACAUGUUUGUUCAUGUUUGUUUGUACAAUAAAUUGUCACAUGUCA